CUCACUGGAAUCCACCACCUUGGAACACGACGAGAUUUUCUCUUCAAUUACAUCAUUCGGUUCGAUGCGCCAUCUGCUGUUGGCACCGGCCGAUAACGGCUGGCAGUCAGUAGGGUUACACGAGUGCCACAUUAGGUAAGCUGUGAAUCAGACCGAAAUGGAGACGCGUUGGACUGUUUUCUUCGGCUACUCCUCAAUCAUUCUCUUCCUCUCUCGGCCACCUUUAAUCCACAACCUGCAGACAAACAAUACAUAGCCAUCUACGAUCCCAUCCGUCAUGUCUACGCAGCCUAACUCUGGAGAGCAGUCCGACGUCCCUGCUCAACUACCCCGCGACGUCAUCGAAGAGUGUGAGAAGAAGCUCGAGUCCUUGCCGUCCAAACUCCGAGAUAUCCGAGGGCAGCUUGUUAUGGCCGAAAAGACGGCCAAAUUCUGGAAAUCACGACACGAGAACCUAAGACAAAUAUGUAUAAAGAGGGAAAAGUCACACAUUGACUUGAAGAAGUCAAAAGAAGGUCUGAUCAAGGCAAACAAAGACCUGAAGAAGGCGCUCGAAGACUUGCGCGCCGAAAACUGCCAAAUCCGACUCGAGGGCAAUCGAGUUCGGGAGGAAAGAAAUGAUCUCGAGAAGCGCCUCCACACCCUGUUGGCAAGGUUCUGAGCGUGGAACGAGACAACGAGCAGGCGACGCAAUCGGGUUGCCUCUGUCACUUGGAAGUUCGGACCAGAGUAGUACGACGACACCUUGGGAGCAAGUCGCCCAUCCAUCCGUCAAGCUUGCUGGGACAACAAGAUACCAAGCGGUAAGCUUCUCUUCAAUUUGAGCAACAGCAACUGAUGUGUUUAAGUUUACAGGAAUUCAACGGGUUCAAGCGGAAUGAAGUAGAUAAAGAAAGCAAGAGAUGAUAAUACAAUGUCUUUCCAGUGCCUUUCAUCCACGUCCCAAGCAAGGAACUUUUGACAUGACAAUGAUUUGCCGUGGUUCCCACUCGUGUAACCCCUG